AUGUCGACCAGUACUGCUGCACGCGCGAUUUCUCGCGUCGUGGCUAAGAAGGUGCGCGCGAUUGAGACGGCCGAAGGUGCCGGGGCUACGGUGCGUCGCUCGAUCGGUACUCCGGCUCUGCGAAACAUUUCGCCGUUCCUGAUGCUCGACCAUUUUCGCAUUGCGGAAGGCGCCGGAUUCCCUGACCAUCCACACCGUGGACAAACGACGUGCACGUACAUCCUAGAUGGCAGUUCUCAACACGAAGACUUUGCCGGACACGCCGGCACGAUUGGUCCUGGAGACGUGCAGUGGAUGAACGCCGGUCACGGAAUCAUGCACGCCGAAAUGCCGAUCCAUCGCGAUGCGGACGGUAACAAACUACCAGACCCAGUCGGCCUGCAGCUCUGGGUGGACCUCCCCAAACAAGCCAAGAAAGAGCCACCGAGCUACCAAGAGUACCGCGCUGCACAGAUCCCCACCGCCGAGUGGAAGAGCGAGAAGGAGACCGAGACCGAGAACGACGACGAGAAGGGCUACAAGAUCAAGGUGGUCGUUGGCGAGUCGCAUGGCGUCAAGAGCCCCAUUGAGCUCCCCAAAAACGGCGGCGUGCUUUUCCUCGACCUGAACCUGGAACCCAACGGAAGUGUGUAUCAGACAAUCGACCCAGGAUACAAUGCGUUCAUCUACACACUCGAAGGGCGUGUUGUCGUCGGAGACAUCCCUGCAACCGCAUUGACGCAAGGAGACAAGCGCGCGUUCAAUCCGAGUACAGAGCCUACACCGGGCGAAGCGGUUGAGCCGUUCCACACACUCGUGCUCACCAAACACGGAGAGGCGGGCGUAAAGAUCACGAACCCGAGUGCCGAGCAAAACGCCAGGUUGGUGCUGGUCGCAGGCGAACCGCUGGAUCAGGAAGUGGUCCAGUACGGCCCGUUUGUCAUGACGAACCGACAGGAGAUCCAGCAGACGCUUCUGGACUUCCAAACGGGCAAGAACGGCUUCGAACGCGCCCCCGGCUGGAAGAGCAAGAUCGGCGCCAAGAUGAUGUGA